UCCAUUGAUUGCUUCCAUAUUGGUCCCCCUUCUACUAAUAAUCCUCCCUCAUACUUCCUUCACAAUGGCCAAUAUUAUCAAGAGCGCGCUGCCUACCCACCUCAAGCCCAACACCGGCGAUGAGCAGGGCAACGAGCGUCGUCAUGGCAAGACACGCAGUCACAUGGCUUUCGAGAACACCUCGACCAACGUCGCCGCCGCUCAGAUGCGAAAUGCUCUGACCAACCUCGCCGAGACCGUCAAGGACCCCGAGCAAAAGAAGCUGUUCGAGACCGAGAUGGACAACUUCUUUGCCCUGUUCCGACGUUACUUGAACGACAAGGCGAAGGGUAACGCAGUAGACUGGGAUCGUAUUGCACCUCCCGCCCAGGGCCAGGUCGUCGACUACGAUGACCUUGCCAACACCGAGUCUGUCCAGUUCCUUAACAAGCUCGCUGUUCUCAAGCUCAACGGUGGUCUGGGAACCUCUAUGGGUUGCGUUGGCCCCAAGUCCGUUAUCGAGGUCCGUGAUGGUAUGUCCUUCCUCGACCUUUCCGUGCGACAGAUCGAGUACCUCAACCGCACAUACGACGUCAACGUCCCUUUCAUCCUCAUGAACUCUUUCAACACAAACGACGACACCGCUGCCAUCAUUAAGAAGUACGAGGGCCACAACGUCGAUAUCCUCACCUUCAACCAGUCCCGAUACCCCCGAGUCUACAAGGACUCUCUCCUCCCUGUCCCCAAGGACAACGACUCUCCCAUCAACGAGUGGUACCCCCCUGGUCACGGUGAUGUUUUCGAGUCUCUCUACAACUCUGGCAUUCUUGACAAGCUCCUCGAGCGAGGUAUCGAGAUCGUCUUCCUGUCCAACGUCGACAACCUGGGCGCUGUUGUCGAUCUCCGUAUCCUCCAGCACAUGAUGGAGACCGACUCCGAGUACAUCAUGGAGUUGACCAACAAGACCAAGGCCGAUGUCAAGGGCGGUACCAUUAUCGACUACGAGGGCUCCGUUCGCCUGCUUGAAAUCGCCCAGGUUCCCAAGGAGCACGUCAACGAGUUCAAGUCCAUCAAGAAGUUCAAGUACUUCAACACCAACAACAUCUGGCUCAACCUCAAGGCUAUUAAGCGUGUCGUGGAGAAUGACGAGCUUGAGAUGGAGAUUAUUCCCAACGGCAAGACUAUCCCCGGUGACAAGAAGGGAGAGUCCGACAUCUCCAUCGUUCAGCUCGAGACCGCUGUCGGUGCUGCCAUUCGUCACUUCAACAAUGCCCACGGUGUUAACGUCCCCCGUCGACGAUUCUUGCCAGUCAAGACUUGCUCUGACCUCAUGCUCGUCAAGUCUGAUCUCUACACACUGAAGCACGGUCAGCUUCAAAUGAGCGCCGCCCGCUUCGGUGACGCCCCCUUGAUCAAGCUCGGUGGUGACUUCAAGAAGGUCUCGGACUUCCAGAAGCGAAUCCCCUCCAUCCCCAAGGUGUUGGAGCUGGACCACCUCACCAUCACUGGUGCCGUCAACCUCGGCCGUGGUGUGACGCUCAAGGGCACUGUCAUCAUCGUUGCUACAGAGGGCAGCACCAUCGACGUCCCACCUGGAUCUAUCCUUGAGAACGUUGUCGUGCAGGGUAGCUUGCGUCUGCUUGAGCAUUAAAGUGGGAGCAUGUUGGAAUUUGUGCGCUCAUGUCGCAUGUUGGUUCUCGAGUUCUUGUCAAGGCCUUUUGGAGUGGAUAGGAUAAGAUGGUGAUGCAUUGGCAGGCAUUUUUAGCAAAUCCUUAGGGAAAAGGAUAUUUGUGCUAUGGCAUGGAGGAGUGUCUCCGCGUCAGGUGUGGUUCAAGGGAGUUGAAUUCUAGCGUCGACUUCUACGCUUGGGAACUUUGAAGGAUAGGUACACUUUGAGUAUGUACGUACUUGGCAAAACAGCAAUAGCCCGCUACCUACACGUAGGUGCAGAGCACAUUUAAUUGAAAAAAAGGCAAUGACAAUUUCUGGA